AAUUACCACCAUCCUUUCCAGCGGAUUAAUUCAAAUAUAUUUAUUACAUCUUGCAACAAUAUGUCUGAUUCAUCAGAUUAUUGGUGUGAUUUGACACUGGACCAAGAGACGCUACAUAAUGAGGACGCACCAAAUAAUUCGCCCAUAGAAGAGUGUCUAGGGUUUGACAACAAUGUUGGCGAUUCAUGGCUGUAUCCUAGUAAUUUACCGGAGCGGACCUAUCAGUUAAGCAUAGUAAAAACAUCACUCUUCAAUAACACACUCGUUGUGUUGCCGACUGGGCUUGGUAAAACAUUCAUUGCUGCAGUUGUAAUGUAUAACAUCUACCGAUGGUAUCCGACUAGUAAAGUCAUAUUUAUGGCACCAACUCGUCCAUUGGUGGCACAGCAAUUUGAGGCAUGCCAACGUGUAAUGCCAUUUCCUGAUGAAGAUACUAUUGAGCUGACUGGUAGAUUGCAUCGUAACAGUCGUAAAGAAAUUUGGAAAAAGAAACGUGUAUUCUUUGCAACACCUCAGGUGGUACUGUCCGAUAUGAUUGCCGAUGAAGGCAAAUGUCCGCCCGACUCAAAUUUUCCUUUUAAACAAGUAAAACUGAUUGUGAUAGACGAAGCUCAUCGGGCAAAGGGACGGUAUGCAUAUACAGAAGUGGUUCGAGCCAUGGAGAAACGAAAUAAUUACUUUAGAGUGGUGGCACUCUCAGCAACUCCUGGUCGUACGAUGGAAGAUAUUGCUGAAGUAGUACAAAAUCUACUCAUAUCUCAGAUUGAAGUACGUUGUGACACGUCAGAAGAUGUAUUGCCUUAUAUGCAUAAACGGGAUAUGAAAACUGUAGUAGUACAGCUUGGAAAUGAAAUAAAGGAAUUAUAUGCAGAGAUCUUAUCAAUUAUAGAUCCUUAUCUAAAGGACUUAAUUAGUGCUCAAGUAUUGAGAGGAUCGUUGAAAAACAUUUCACGUAAUUUCCUUUUGUUCGAACAGAAACGUUUUCGGGAGAUUAAUCAAAAUGCACAGGAUCAAAAAAAUUUAUUGGUUUCAAAAAAUUUUUCAUUUUGCAUUAGUAUGUAUCAUGCUCUAGAACUAUUGGAACGUCAUGGCAUUCGCGUAUUUCUUAAUUUUUUCGAGAAGGACGAAGAUGGGCGGAGUAAUUAUGUUGUAAAUGUGGAACCUAAAGUACGUCAUUUAUUGGAUCGACUGCGGGAUCACUUUGGUCGAGACUCUUUUGAAAUUUUAACAAAUAUGAUGGUCAAUGGUCAAUUCGUUAAAAUGCCCGACAAUUUUGACUUUGGACACCCAAAGUUUGAGCAAGCAAGAACUUGUUUACUUCAGCAUUUUCAAACUACACCAAACUCGCGUGCUAUAGUUUUCUGUGAAUAUAGAGAAACAGUUAUGCUGAUGUAUCGAUUAUUGUUACAGCAUGAGCCGCUACUGAAGCCACGAUAUUUUGUAGGUCAAGGUGGUAACAUGGGUAGUUUGCGUUCACUAACACAAAAACAACAAAUUAAAAUUAUGGAUGACUUUCGAAGUGGAAAAUGUAAUAUUCUUAUAGCCACCUCCAUAGGAGAAGAAGGUAUUGAUGUUGGCGAAGUAGAACUAAUUUUAUGCUUCGACAUCAAUACUUCAAAUCCACAACGUUUUCUUCAAAGAAUUGGGCGAACUGGAAGGAAAAAGCAGGGUAGUGUUGUGGUAUUGGUUACCGAAGGACGGGAAGAACAAAUUUUCAAAAAUGUUUUAGCUCAAAAAGACUUAACUAAUCCAAGAAUGCUUCAAUCAAUGAUAGUAAACAAAUCCCUAUAUAAGAAAUCACCACGAUUGGUCCCUACUGAUGUAGAUCCCAAAGUAAUUCGCGUUUUUAUAAAACCUACUAAGUCCAAGGAAAACAAAAAGGACAUAAAUUCAAAAAACAGAACAAAAAAAAAGAUAAUGUCUACUCCUAACUCAAUGUUCAUGGAUCCUUCACAGCAUGGUGUAGAAACGCAGCAAAAUCUUGAAAAAUGUUUAAGAAGAAUCGAUGAAUAUUUCAAUACUUUUGAUGAUCCCGUGGCAUCUAAUACACAAUUGUUAAAGGGAAUUACAUGUACGCAAAAAUUCUCGCAUAAAUUGAAUUCCUCUCAAGGAAUAUCUCUAUAUAAUUCUCAACGUUUUCGUAAUCUAAAAAGAGUUCUUGAGAAAAAUUCUACUGUAAUACCUUCCAAAGAAAUUAUUACAAAUCCGAUAGAACAAUUAAAGUCCUCCAAGGUAUCUAAUGAUGGAAAACGUUUUAUUUUACGCACUCAACCAUGUAUUAUUAGAAAUAUUUUUGAUAAGAUGAAGUUGUUGGAAAUAUUACCUUUAAAACCCGACGAAAUGUCAGACGAAGAAAAAGAUAUCCGACAUUUGUACGACUUUAUUGAAAAAUUGUUAGGGGGCGAUCUCUCUAUGGAAAUUUUCAUUGAUGAUGCUGAUAUUGAACGCUUAGCUAGACAACGAAUGUAUAGACCUCCCUCUGAUUAUGAUCUAAGUGAUAGUGAGUACAAAGAUGUUUGCAAUACAAUAUUCGAUGGAUUGGAAGAACAAGGACUUUUAUGCGAUAAUUUUGAUUACAUACAAGAAGAGUUGAAGAAAACUAAGUUUUAUGAAGACUCAUAUCCCAAAGUAGAAAGUGAUGAUUAUCAUCAUAUGUCAUAUUCACCACUAAGAAAUGAUACCGAUUCAAUGGUAUAUGAAACUGUUAUUUUAGAUGAAGAAACAGAAAUCAGCACAUUUGGUGAAACUAGUCUAAAUAAUAAUAAUGGUGAUUAUCAACCUAUAUCACAAUCACCACUGAGAAAUGAUGGCGAUUCAAUGGUAUAUGAAACUGGUAUUUUAGAUGAAGAAGGUGAAAUCAGCACAUUUGGUGAAUAUAGCCAAAAUAAUGAAUCUAUAUGUCAAAAUAAUUGUCAAAGACAUAAACUUGCAAUAAAAGCAAGUAACAAGUCAGCUCUAAAACAGGGUCCUUUAGCAAAAGCUUUUCAGCGGCAGCGUUCAAAGUUUAGGAACAAAAUUCAAACAAAAGAGCAAUCAUUGAAACUGGUGGACGAUAAUUUUAGUACAUAUAGCAACAGAGAUAAAACAUCUGACGUUAUAACUUUAUUUGAGACAUCAGAUGAAGAUAAUCAGGUAAAAACAAGGGCCUUGAUCAGUGGAAGUUCAAAAAACUCCGAACCGAAAUGUAUAAAGCCAAAUUUAAACAAAUGUUCGAAUGACUGCAAAAAAUUCGGUUUUAUUAGUGAUCUUUCUAAGCAAAUGCCUUCAUUACCACAAUCAACCCAGAAUGAUUUAGAUGUAGAUAUAAAUGAUUUUUUGAAACCAUUUCCUGAAGAAACUCCUAACGAAUCAGGAAAUAAAUGCACUUCUACAGAAAACUAUAAUUCAGAAGUUUUGGGUUCUAACACCGCCAUAACACCACCAGAAGGACUAACAGAUAUAGAAGAGCAAUAUAGAAAAUCAUCAACCCUGUUCGCUCCGCUCAAAAAAGAAGCUAAUGAAUUUUUAAAUACAUCAACUAAUGUCAAUCUUAAUUUAGAAAUGCAGAGUGCUAAUAGACCCAUAACACCACCAGAAAGAUUACCAACUCAACCAGAGCUGUAUGAAAAAUCACCAACCCUUUUCGAAUUGUACUUAGAAAAUAUUAAAAGGUAUAAAGGGAACAUGCCGGAACAUAUAAAACAGUCCGUUGCCUUCGCAGAGAAACAGAUUCGCGAAGCAUCAUCUGAUCGGCAUUUAUUUUCAACAACAAAUGUAAGUUAUAGGGAAGAAAAAAUUAUUUCAUCGAACGUUUCAGGUGAAACGAACGAGAGAGCAGUAGGGUCGGAAACUGAUUGUGAAGAGUUUAUUGAAACACAAAUCCCCAACCUUUGUACGAAAUUAAUUUCAAACACUCACAGAGAUUCAAGUGUCACUAAUGCAAAGGCAGAAGAAGGGUCUGAAACGGAGUGCGAAGAAAUUACUGAAACGCAAAAGGCUGUUGAUUGCUUCCGAUUACAACGUCAAAAUCGUCGUCGUCUGGAUAAUUUUAUUGAUUAUGAGGCUGCAGCAAGUGGCGAUGAAAGUGACGAUGAAAUGCCCUGUAGUCAGUAUAUAAAGGACUCUAUGAUUGUAUCGAGUGAUGAGUUGGAUACAAUAGACGAAAAUGCACCCACAUGCUCUCAGAUGCAAGCACAUUAUCUUCAAUCCAUUAAAAGCCCCAAACCUAUAGCUCGUAGUACUUUCAAAAUUCCGCCCUUCCGGGAGUAUAAUGAUCUCAGCCAAAUUUACUCACAAAUGCCCCCUAAAGAACCUUCCCAAUAUGUUUAUGACUCCUUUGUAGUAGCUGAAGGACAUGAUAAAGAAUGUAUGAAAUCACAAAAUGAAACAUUGAGCCCGCUGGAACGAGCCGAACGUAUUUUAAUAGAACAAAAACGUGCACGAAAAAAAUUCAAAAAGGUCGCCCAGUUUAAGAAACGAAAGCGUAUUCGCCAGGUUUCCGAUAGUUCUGAUGACGACUUUAUUCCUCUUAAGUAAGAUUACAAAUUUGUAUGUUUUUAUUUAAAAAAUGCUUAGCGCAGCUGUAACUCUAUAACGAUGAGUAGUAUAUUAGAUAUAUAUAUAUAUACGUAUGCAAGUAUAAUUAAUAAAAUAUAAAAACUUAA